UCAUUCCUCCAUUGUUUUGGGAAAGCCCAUUCAUUUCUUGACAAGCUUCAUUGAAACUGUGUAACAUGAGAAGUCCCACUCGCUGACUGAUCUUUGAAACCGCUUCCGUCGUUGAUGUUUCCAUGCAUCAGCCGUCGUCUCGCCCACUUGCCCGCCAAAGCCAUCCUCAGCAAUCUCAGAGCCUCCUCUGUUCGGGCCAUCCCGGCGCGCAGCCUCCACACCCAUCACUCGUUCGACGAAAUUCCCCACCGGGACCUCCGGUCGGUCAACUCCCUCCUUGCUUCGCGGGUCCGCUGCGGCGACGCUGCUGGUGCGUGGGUCCUGUUCCUUCGGUUGAGUUCGUCGCGGACCGACCUCGACGCGUAUACUUUCACGCCCGUCUUGAGGGCUUGCUCGGCGCUUCCGCACCCGCAGCGCGGCCGGCUAGUGCAUGGCUUGAUGAUCAAGACGGGCGCAGACUCCGGAACCAUAAGCAAGACCGCCCUCGUGGACGUCUAUUCCAAGUAUGGUUGCUUGAGCGAGUCGGUGAAGGUGUUUGGAGAAAUGGAAUUUAGGGAUGUUGUCAGUUGGAAUGCUCUGCUUUCGAGUUUUCUGCGUCACGGCCUCGCGAAGGAUGCGCUCCACAUUUUUGAAGGUAUGAGGAAGGAAAAUGUGGAGAUCAGCGAGUUUACCUUGUGUUCGAUGCUUAAGGCUUGUGCUCUGCUCGAGGCGUAUUCUCAGGGGAAGCAGGUUCAUGGUAUGGUGGUAGUUAUGGGCCGAGACUUGGUGGUCUUGUCCACAGCCUUGAUAGAUUUUUACUCCAGCGUUGGGCGUAUUGAGGAAGCCUUGAAAGUUUAUAAUUGUGUCGAUCGCAGUGAGAGUGUGAUGCGGAAUGCAAUGAUUUCCGCUUGUGUUAGGAAUCUGAAGUAUAAAGAGGCCUUCUCAAUAAUGUCUUCGAUGAAACCAAAUGUUAUUGCCCUCACAAGUGCUCUUGCAGCUUGCUCUGAGAACUCAGAUUUGUGGAUUGGGAAGCAGAUACAUUGUGUGGCAAUACGUUUUGGGUUCACCUCCGACACUCAGCUGUGCAAUGUUUUGUUGGACAUGUAUGCCAAGUGCGGGAAAGUUGGUCACGCAAAGACGUUGUUUGAUAGCAUUUUGAGAAAGGAUGUGGUUUCUUGGACAACCAUGAUAGAUGCAUAUGGAAUAAACGGCGACGGGCUUGAAGCUUUUGUGCUUUUCAACAAGAUGGGUGAGCUCCGAAGUGAAGUCUCACCAAAUUACGUGACCCUUCUUGCUGUUUUAUCAGCAUGUGGUCACUCUGGAUUGGUGGAUCAAGGUAGGGCAAGCAUCAACCUGGCUAGGCAUAAGUAUGGUUUGAACGCUGGUCCAGAGCAUUAUGCUUGUUUCAUUGAUAGUUUGGGUCGGGCAGGUCAAACAGAAGAUGCUUGGUGCGUGUUUCACGAAAUGGUCGAGAGUAAUUGCAGACCUAAUGCUGCUGUCUGGGCAGCUUUGCUGAAUGCAUGUAGUCUCAAUCGAGAUUUCUCUAGGGGGGAGCAUGCUGCGAAGCAACUGUUGGAAUUGGAGCCCGAUAAGCCGGGUUAUUACGUUCUGGUUUCGAAUUUUUAUGCCGCAUUCGGUAUGUGGGACUCUGUAGAUACUAUGAGGAAUGAAAUGAGGAAGAAAGGGCUUGUCAAAGAAAAAGGAAGUAGCUGGGUCACUGCUAGGUCACCAUGAGGAAGGCAUUCUCGUUUCAUAACUGACACAGUGGAAGAGCUUGUUGAGCACUACCACUUUGGUGCAGUGACGCGGCUAUUUCCGUUAGUCAGAUAUGAGUUAUUCUAGCCAUGGUCUGCGAACUUGGCAUUAGUAAAGCUUCCACACUUAUCUAACUUGGGGUUUCUUAAGGAUAACUGAACGAUGGCAAUGAUUCUGAGUACAUAUCUGUGCUGAACCGAGUCACUGAUGUGUGCGCGGUGCUCCGAUUGCUCGUGCUUACUAAUACCUUUGUUCGCGGAUGAAGGAAUCCUAUCCGGAUGCACCAUGAGGAUAAACCUUUGAUUCAAAUACUCUCGUGGGUCGAAGCUAGUUGAUUCGGGCCAUACAGUUCAUCAGCGAAAUUCUCAGGAACUUGACGGUUACUUCUCCUUCUUUCUACUUUCGCACUUGGGAUUCAGGAAAUGAACCUAUUUAUACCAGCAUAGCGUCCCUGUGCUGAGAAUUUCGUUUCAUGUUUUGACACUCCUUUUUCCCUGGUUCACUAGUACAGGAUUCCCCAAUUGAAAUCUCAAAGUAGGAUAAAGGAUGGCAUUUCAGGUUGACAA